AGGGGGCCGGAGCGGAUGGGAGGAGCUCCCAGGCCCCUCAAAAGCUGCUGGCCCACUGGAAACCCCUGGAUCCGUUGGUACAGCUUCCGAGGAGAAGAGAGCAGCCCGGGCGGCCGUCGUGGGCCGAGGACCACUGAGGGACAGCAGGCUGUCCACUCCUCCCUCCCGGGAGCGCACACCCGCCGGCCAAGCCGGGUCCACAGGUGGCCAUGACCUCACUGCCCACUCGAAGCCCCGGGAACCCCGGUUUGUUUUCUGGGCUGCCGCCAGCAGGCUCACCUCCAGCCAACCAGAGCGCAGAGGCCUCGCGGAGCAAUGGGUCGGCUGCGGGGCCCCGCGCGGCAGCGGUCACGCCGUUCCAGAGCCUGCAGCUGGUGCAUCAGCUGAAGGGGCUAAUCCUACUGCUGUACAGCAUCGUGGUGGUCGUGGGGCUGGUGGGCAACUGCCUGCUGGUGUUGGUGAUCGCGCGGGUGCGCCGGCUGCACAACGUGACCAACUUCCUCAUUGGCAACCUGGCUCUGUCCGACGUGCUCAUGUGCGCCGCCUGCGUGCCGCUUACGCUGGCCUACGCCUUCGAGCCUCGCGGCUGGGUGUUUGGUGGCGGCCUGUGCCACCUGGUUUUCUUCCUGCAGCCAGUCACCGUGUACGUGUCCGUGUUCACACUCACCACGAUCGCUGUGGACCGCUACGUCGUGCUGGUGCACCCGCUGCGCAGGCGCAUCUCGCUGAGGCUCAGCGCCUACGCCGUGCUGGCCAUCUGGGCGCUGUCCGCGGUGCUGGCGCUGCCGGCCGCUCUGCACACUUACCACGUGGAGCUCAAGCCCCACGACGUGCGCCUCUGCGAGGAGUUCUGGGGCACGCAGGAGCGCCAGCGCCAGCUCUACGCCUGGGGGCUGUUGCUGGGCACCUACCUGCUCCCUCUGCUGGUCAUCCUCCUGUCGUAUGUCCGGGUGUCGGUGAAGCUCCGGAACCGCGUGGUGCCUGGCAGUGUGACCCAGAGCCAGGCUGACUGGGACCGAGCGCGCCGCCGCCGCACCUUCUGCUUGCUGGUGGUGGUGGUGGUGGUGUUCGCAGUCUGCUGGCUGCCGCUGCACAUCUUCAACCUGCUGCGGGACCUUGACCCGCGCGCCAUUGACCCCUACGCCUUCGGGCUGGUGCAGCUGCUCUGCCACUGGCUCGCCAUGAGCUCUGCCUGCUACAACCCCUUCAUCUACGCCUGGCUGCACGACAGCUUCCGGGAGGAGCUGCGCAAGCUGCUACUGUCCUGGCCCCGCAGGAUCGUGCCCCAGGGCCAAAGCAUGACUGUCAGUGUGGUCAUCUGAUGCCAGCCUGCCAGGCCUGCUCUGGGAAGCUCCACAUCCCUUUGCUAUAGAAGUCGCACUGAGGUCGGGCUUGAGACCUUAUUUCCAGCACCAGAGCUAAGCCAACACAGUGCAAAAUUCCCAUCCCAGCAUUGUCUAGCUGUCUGUCUUGUUCUUCUGUCUCUGUGAAAUGUUAAGUGGAUUUUGGUAUGCA